AUGGUAAAUCAUGGUAACGAGAAAUUUCAUACUUUUUCAGACCUCCAGCUCCCCGUGGUGAACGCGUGGGAGGUGACGACGGAGCCGAUCGUCGUGAACAGCUCCAUCUGGACCACGAUGUUUCCUGUGCAGGAGGAGAUCAACGCCGUGCAGAGCGAUAGGAUCGUUGUGAAUAUCAACCUGACGAGACGGUCCUCGACUUAUAACAUCGCGCUGUAUACUCCACUGAUUGUCCUAGUAAUCUUCUUCCUAAUGUCGUUCUGGACGGAGCCGCUGCAGGUGGAGCGAGUGAGGCUGUACACGGGCGCGGUGAUCAUCAUGUGCAUGGGGCUAUGCUACAUCGACCGCCUCGUGCCGUGCUACACGCUGCCCACUAUACGUGAGUGUCAGUCAGGUUCUAAUAUAUACGGUAAGCGCUACUGCGGGCUGUACGCUGCCAACUUUACGUAUAGUAAGUGUCAGCUACAUAGUGGUGCUGCUGCAGGCUGUACGUUGCCAUCUAUAAAUAAGUAUCAGAAUAUAAUAUACUAG